CAGGGAUCCCCAUGAUCUGCGUUGCCUGGAUGGUGUGGCUGGCCUGAUUCCCCCAGAAGGAAGUUGAACGCAGAGGGUUUGAUUCACAACCAACAUACAGCUGCUUCCACAAUGGUUAAACUCAAGGAACUUUUAGUGAAUCAUCAUGGAUGAGGACUUUGAUUUUGAGCGCCGUAGGGAGCUUAGGAGACAAAAGCGUGAAGAAAUGCAGAGGGAGGCAGAGAAGAUAAACUCUCAGGAUGAUGACGAGGAGGCAGCUCGAGAGCAUCGUAGACGAGCCCACCAGGAACGCCUGCGCAAUAUGGAGAAUGAGUCAAGCAGCACUACAACAGAAGAUAAUAGUAUUGAGACAUCAACAUUGAUCACAAGUUCUGAACCGACCGAGGAUGAUGACCAGGCUCUCCUGGAAAGGAUUGCUCAGAGAGAAGAGCGGAGACAGAAAAGAAUGAGAGAGGCUUUAGAGAGGCAGAAGGAAAUUGACACAAACAUCAUGGAUGGAAAUGUCACCACCACAACAGAGCCAAGUGAUAGAAAUGGUGAGCAAGAGUCCUCAGAAAACGAGGUCCCUUCAACAGGAACCAACUACUGGAAGGAAAGGGACGAGAAAAAAGAAGAAGAAAAGAUAGAAGAAACUAAGGCAGAGGUUGAGGUGACAACCACGGUACAGGAGGAGCCAGCACCAGUCACAGCAGCUGAAGAACCCAAAGAAACUCCUGAGAAGAUAGUGGAAGACUACCAGGAAGAGGAGGAGAGACCACAGAGGUCCUACCUCAAAGAACAGGAAUCCACAGAGGAACACAAAGAUCCAGCUGUUAUAAAUAAGGAAGAAUCUUUCAUUGCAAAUAGAGAGACUAAUGAAAAAACAGAAGCAGAUUUAGCAAGUGCAGAUUUAGAAAAGAAAGAGGCUGAAAGUUUGGUAUCAAAUAUGGUAACGCAAGAGGAACCUGCAAAAGAGGACACAGCAGUAGAAGUUGUGUUCAAAGUGGAACCAGCUACAUCACAAAAUGAAGAAGUAAAGCCUGUGAAGAAAGAGGAACCUGAGAAGAAACCUGAAGAAAAACUUGUGGAGGUGAAGGUUAGAACUCAAGAUUCAGAACCUCUUGCAAAGAAGGAAGCUGAGAAACCUACAAAAGAACAAGAAAAACCUUAUUUAGCAAAGAAGACUUUUGAAGAAACACCUAAAAAGUCUUUGAGAGAAGUUGAGGUUAAGGCUCAAGUCCCAAAGAAUGAAGAGAAGAAACCACAAAUGAAGAAGCAGCUUGAAGAAAAACCAUUAACACAGAAAAAAAUUGAGGAGAAACUUGGGACUCCAAAGCAAGACAGUGAGGAAAAGCCAAAAUGGAAGAAAGUGACGGAAGAAACUAGGCCCAAACCUGAAGAAAAAGCUAAACUAAAGAAGGAAGAGCAGAAAGUGACAACUAAGCCACAGGAUGCAGUUGACAGCACUGCAAAAGCCAAGAAACCAGAGAAGACGCUAAGCCCCAUAGGCUUACGGUCUCCUGACACAGAGAAGCACGAUCCCAUCGCCAAGUUGGAGGCAGAACGCAAGCUCCAGGAGCUGAAACGGCGGAGAAAUGAGACGGACAGCGAGUUGCUGGAGAAGAUGAAGCAGAAACAGCAAACGGCUGAGGCCGAGCUGGAGGAGCUGAAGAAGAAGAGGGAGGAGAGGAAGAAGAUUCUAGAGGAAGAGGAGAAACAGAAGAAACAGCAGCGGGCAGAAAAGAAGGCAAAGGAGGAGGAAGAGAAGAGGAAAAUGAAAGAAGAGAUUGAGCGAAGGAGAUCAGAGGCAGCAGAGAAAAAGAAGCAAAAGGAGGAGUCCAAAGAAGGGAGCAAAGCUCCAUUCAUCGCUCCAAAGGGUGCCUCCGCCAAGAUUGGGGAGAAAGCUGAAUUUUUGAACAAAUCUGCGCUUAAAAGUCCAGUGAAGAUGCCACACACACCAUUAGUAUGCAAGAUUGGAAACAGACUGGAGCAGUACACUUCUGCAGUUCAGACUAAAGAAGUGACCAAAUCACCCAAAUCUCCAGUGGAUAUACCUGUAGCUGAAGGUGUGCGGAACAUUAAGAGUAUGUGGGAGAAGGGGAACUUGGUCAGUCCCACCUCUAGUCCUGCAAGCCCCCCUGCGGUCACAAAGGAAACAGCUGAUCUGAACAUUGGCAUGGCUGAUCGCAUUAACAGCUGGAAGACCAAGACUCCUGAGCAGCAGAAACCUGCUGAACCAAAGCCGGCCCCUGAACCAGACAAACCAGUCACCAAAACAGACCAAAAGCCAGCUGAUGUAACUAAAACACGUGGUCUAUGGGAAACAAAAGGCUCAUCACCUGCCAAGGUGUUCACAGCCAGGAGUAAAUUCGUCACUAAUGGAAGAAGAAAAUGAAGACAUGUAACCAGACCCCAGAUCAGGCAAUAUUAAAGACGUAUCCAUAAAAUAUGUAUUGAUUUGUACAAGUGGUUCUCAAGUGAUUUUGCUUCAGGAUCUAGAUUUUACAUGAGAUGUCAAGUGUCAGCCCAAUCCAGUAGCAAAAUUGUUUAUUGUACAAAAAAAAAAAAAAAAGAUCCACAAAAUCAAACAUUGAAAUGUAUUACAAUUAUCAUGCAAUGCAUAGGCCAAACAACAUGCAGAAUUGAUAUAUAUAUAUAUAUUUAUACAGUAUAUAUAACUAUAUAUAUAUUUAUACAGUAUAUAUAACCCUUUCUCCCAAUUUGGAAUGCCCAAUUCCCACUACUUAGUAGGUCCUCAUGGUGGCACAGUUACUCACCUCAAUCCCUCUGGUGGAGGACAAGUCUCAGUUGCCUCCGCUUCUGAGACUGUCAGUCCGUGCAUCUUAUCAUGUGGCUCGCUGUGCAUGGCACAGCGUAGACUCAGCAUGUGGAGGCUCACGCUACUCUCUGCGAUCCACACACACAACUAACAAGCGAGAACCACUAAUCGCGACCACUAGGAGAUUAACCCAUGUGACUCCACCCUCCCUAGCAACCAGACCAAUCUGGCUGGAGUCACUCAGCACACCCUGGAUUCGAACCCCCAGCACACCAGGGGUGGUAGUCAGCUUCAAUACUCACUGAGCUACCCCCCAAUAUGCAGAAUUAUUAACAAAAAUUAUACAACUGUAGAAUUGUGAUUUUCCAGCCUGAAACAAGGAACAAACACUGGUCUGUUAGAAUUAGUAUUAUAUAUUAUACCAAGUGACAUACAUUUGCUGAAACAAAAAAUAUUGGAAGUGUUUUUACCUCACUUUUAAAUAAACGUUCCAGGUUAAGUACAAGUUAAGCUCAAUCAACAGUAUUUCCGCCAUAAUAGUAAAAAAAUCACAGUUACCGUUUCAAUGGAAGUGAAUGGUGCCAGUACAUACAUGUAAAAAAAAAUACACAUUGUUUCAAAAGUCACUGCCACAAGACAAACAUUAUAUAUGUUUACUUGAUUUUAGUGUGAUAUAAUCACUUAUUAACCUUAUUUGUGAAGGUUUAUUCAAUAUAACGCUGUAACACCAGCAAACACUUUAAGCGAUUUUAUCACACUAAAAUUACGAAGUACAGAAUUCCUUUUCACGCUAAAAUCCUGUUAACACAUAAUGUUCAUGUCUUGUGACUAUACUGUUGAAACAGUGUGUAUUUUAAUGUAUAUAGACUGGGCCAAUUCAAUUGCAUUGUAAGUGCCUAACUGACCCUGAUUUUUAUAUAUAUAUAUUUCUGUAGUAAUCAACAUUAUGCUACAAAUGCUGUCAGUUGAGCUUAAUAUGUACUGAACCCAGAACAUUUCUGAAUGUUGAUUACCUAUUUAGUUUGUUUUCCUAGCUAUGCAUUAAUCAAUAUAUGUGUUAGUUGCAUUUUAUUAUUUGCAUUUAGCCAUGUUUUUCCCUGCUGUCUGCUACCUUACCAGUUCAGAUCUGCAAUGUUGUUGGGUCUCAACCAACUGAUUUAUGCUUUAUAAAUGUAAUCUUAUGAAAUAGUAAGUAGGAGAGACUGAACCUGUAAUAAAGGACAGCUAUAAGGUUAAAAUCAUCUUUUGGCUCUGUGCUUGAAGCACACCAUUUUUCCUUUUCUUAUUGAUGAAACGGUCAUUUGCACAUUUGAAUCAUAUAAUCUCUUACACUAGAGUACAUCUGAAUAAUUACAGAUAAAUGUAAUCAUUCAUAGGAAAUCUUUGCUCUCUUGAGCAGAAUUAUAGUACGUUUAUACCUCCCAGUAAACAAAAUCCUUGAGCUUAAUCUAGCCUUGAUUAAAAAAGUUAAUUUCCCUGGAUAUAAUUUCCUUCUUUAUUAUCAUUGAUUCAUUAAAUAAACAUGAUGCCUUGAGACUUUGGAACAACCACUUCUCUCAGUUUAGCCUCAUAUGCAUGGAGGAUCAAAUGACUGAAUACAGUAGCUGUUAAUUUUACCCUCAUGAUGCAAAGCUUUGUGAUAUGUUAUCAUUGCUGAGAUACUAACCAGUUCAAGGGGAUCACCUCCCCUUGACUCCCAAAACUGAUUAGCGAAAACAGAACUUUGUCGCUCAGUUGUUGUUUUUUUCUUUUCCUUAGUCCUGUUGUGUAGUUCAAUUGUCAAGUGUAAAUGUUUGAACUCCCGUGCUCAAGCUAACAUAUGACUUGUAGGUUUUUGAUUGUGCUGAUCAUAUUGCUUUUUGCUUUACCAGAAAGUAUUUGCACUUAAGCCACACUUUUCCUUGCAUAGAUAAUAAAAUUAGGGCUGUGAAUCGAUAAUUAUUAUGUUUUUUACUAAUUGAUUGCACAGUUUUCUUUGAUUAAUCGUGAUUAAUUGUGAUUAAUCAAAUUUAUAUUAUGGUACAUGAUACAUUACAACAAAGUCAAGUUGCAACAGUAAACCAAUCAUGUUAGAGCUUUUCUCAAAACGUACAUUUUUGUAAUUGAUUUUGAACAAUUGGUUCCAAAUUUUUGUGAUUAAAUCAAAUAAAAUGCAUUAUUAAUCAUAGUAACAAUUCAAAAUAAUAUAAAUAUAUUAAUCAUAUUUAUUUGAAUUACUUAUGAAUGCAUAGUAAUAUUUCUUUUAUAAAUAAAUACAUACAUAAAAUCCACUUGGUUUGAUAUUUUGAUAUGUAAUACAAUAACAUUCAUUCAUUUUCAAGUGUGGUUAAGUGUCCAAAUACUUUUUUAGGGACACUGUAUAUCAGAUGCCUUAACAACUUAAUAGCUUCAAUUUCAGCAUUACAAAGUGUUUAGAAGUUUGGUAGUACUGUAGUUAAACCCGUGCACAAUAUCAAUAAAAUCCAUCAAUUUGCUGUAUGUCCUAUUUCUUUUCUUACACAUUUAAUUUGUCAGUGUGAAACCCAACGAGUGUACGACUACUGCAUUUGCUGAACAAGUUUUCACAGAUACAUCCACACAUACUGUAUCUCUGUCACUGUGUGUAUUUUGUGCACAGCACUCAGAGGUCCAGUAGACCAUUUGGCAUUUGACUGCUUCAUAGAAACUGAUUUUUUUAUGAAUGUGUUGGGUUUCAUAGGGCAGCAAAACAAGGCCAGCUAUGAACAGGUUGUAUAGAAUAUGUGCUUUUAGAAUUUCACUGAAAUGCAUACUAAGGUCUAACAAUAGACGAAGCCUCUCCACACACACACCAAUGAGAGGGCAAUGUGGUCACAUGGUCUGUUAGUACGUUAGCCUUAAGACUGAGUCACCUGCCUCAAUACUGCACUCUAAAGGAGAGCUGCUCCACCUCAGAGAUUGACAAAGAACCUGGUAAGAGGAAUUUUGAGAUGAAUUAGUAUAUUCUUUAUGUAUAUGUUCAGUAUUUCCUCCCGUUUUUUAAUUAACUAGUGUUAAUUAUAUACAAUUCUUUAUGUAAAUAAUAAUGACAUGGACUGUCGACAAAAGUGCUUUUCAAAAUAUGUUUUGAUAUACAAGUUUUGCACACUGAUGUUGCUCUGUGUAGAUGUGUUAGUAAAUGUAGAUUGCCCAUCUAACCUGCUUGUAAUGUUUGCUGGAUUGACAGACAUGUCUGAUACAGAAGAUGUGAUGGAUGAGGGGGUUCAGUGAGUAACAAUAUUUAAAUUUCCUCAGUUUGCAAUGCUUUUGAUUUUAGCAUUUUAAUAAUAGAAAAGAAUGGAAUAGAAUCUAACAGUAAUCAAUGACAAAUGAUUAUAAACCAUGCAAUUAAUUUAGUAUGUAUUGCAUUUUCACUUACAAAUCUUUUGUUUCUCUUUUGUCUGUGUGUGUUUGAUAUUCAUCCAAUUAUAUAAAAAAAGGGAGGAAGGUAUUGUAUCACGUGCAAUACGUUCAUUUGUUCCUCUAAAUGAAGUUAUAUUACUGACUUGAAAUUGCAUUUUUAUGUGCUCUUCUUUUCAUUUCCAUUGUUGUUAAAAAACAACCAACUCUCCAAUUGCAGUGGACGACUCCAAGUCUAAACCAAAGUUUCUAUCAAAUAUCCAAGCACCAAAGAUUCCAGAGGGAGAUAAAGUAGAUUUUGAUGACAUCCACCGUAAGCGUCAAGAGAAAGAUUUAUCUGAGCUGCAGUCUCUUAUUGAAGCGCACUUCAUCCAGAGGCAGAAAGAUGAGGAGG